UCGUCUGUUUUUGCAUUAUAUUAUACAAACAAUUAUCAAAUCAUUCAAAGAAUUUGCCUUUCAGAGGACCUAAACACCUUUCUAUUCUUGUCUUGCUCUGAAGAAACAAAGAUCUCCAUAACCAAAAGCCUAAAGGAAUAAGGAAGGAGGCGCUCAUUGGAGAAAAUGGAGAAGCUCAUAUCAAGCAGAUCUUACUUGCCAUUUGUGCCAGAAUCUUUCAUAUUACCACCAGAAAGUAGACCAGGCCAGACUAAAUUUCCUCUAUGGGAGUCCAUUCCAGUCAUUGAUCUUGGAGGAGAACUUGCCUUUGAUCGAGCCCAGCUAGUUAAACAGAUUAUACAGGCUAGCCAAGAAUUUGGAAUCUUUCAGCUGGUUAAUCAUGGGGUUUCGGAGAAACUAAUGCAUGAUGUAUUGGAGGUGGCCAAUGAGUUCUUUGAGAUGCCUGCCAAGGACAAGGAAAGCUUAUAUUCUGAGGACCCCAAUCAAACUUGUAGAGUGCGCACAAGCAUAAACUAUGAUAGUGAGAAGGUUCAUUACUGGAGAGACAACCUGCGGCACCCUUGUUAUCCUCUAGAGGAACACAUGCAAAUUUGGCCUGAAAAGCCAGCUCGUUAUCGGGAGGUGGUUGGAAGUUAUUCGACAGAGGCAAGGAAGCUGACUUUGUGGAUUUUGGAUUUAAUUGGUGAAGGAUUAGGGCUGGAAACUGGAUAUUUUGGGGAUGAACUCAGCCAAGUUCAGUUUAUGUCCAUAAAUCAUUACCCUCGAUGCCCGGAUCCAAGCCUAACCUUGGGGUUGCCUAAACAUUGCGAUCCUAAUCUCAUAACCCUCGUUCUUCAAGGGGAAGUGCAUGGGCUACAAGUCUUCAAGGAUGGACAAUGGCUUGCAGUUGAGCCACUCCCUAAUGCAUUUGUGGCCAAUAUAGGCUACAUGUUACAGGUACACCCUAUUUUCUCAUCUUCAUCUUCCUCUAUAUAAUUUUGCUUCCAUUUCUUGCCAACCUUAGGGGAGACAAUUCGUAUUUGUACGUCAGGCUACAAGUUCAAAUUGUGUCAAAACAUAGGUAUAAUACUAUACAUGUCGUCAACCCUAACCCAACCUAUUUAAUGAAACAUAUUACAUUCUUUAAUUCUAACCUACUAAUUUCAUGUUUGAUUCGCAGAUACUGUCAAAAAUUAUCCGUCCUAACCAACCCUUACAGUCUUAUAAUAAAUCUUUUGCUAGAUUUCAAAAUAUCACCUCCAUUUCCUAGAACCUAGCCGUUAGAAAGACGAAUAAACAAGGCAAAAAAGAAAAAGAAAAGAAAAAAAGAGAGACAGGGACUUUUUCGAUUUGGAGGUGAAUAAGAAGGGCAGCCCCAAAGGCCUCCAUACAACUAUACCACGGUUGCAUAGGCAAUCCAACCAACUAUAACAAUUACACCACGGGUUAUCAUCACCAUUUCCAAUACCCUAAGAACCAACCAGCCAUCUUUUAAGAGUGGAAGACAAAUACUCCCCAAGCAGCCUUGGCUCCUCCAUGGUUGAGA